AUGAGACGAGCAGACCUCUGCCUUAGGUUCGCCUGGAUAAUACAGUUCUGUGUUGCUAUAUCGACUACCUUUGUCUACACCAUUGCAGCAAUCCUGAUCUUAUUCUUCAACGGCAUCAAUACCUUCUCGCUCGCCUACGCCUUCGUCACGGACGUCAGCAUUGCUUCUGCAGCUGGCACUGUGACGUGGACGAUCGUCUGCCAGUUCCGACAUGCCAAGAAUCACGCCGCAACUCGACAAUAUGAGAUACGGAAAUCGAGUCUCGCCACCUUCGUAUGGAUCUGGCUGAUGUUCGAUGCGGUGUUCGGUCCCUUGAGUCGGCUGGGAGAUGGUCGAUAUCAGCGUAAGCGGAUCGCGAGCGCGGUGAGCUUGUUGCUAGUCCCCUGCACGAUUUUCUACCCAAGUUCUUACCACGCUCUGCGGAACAGAGUCGACGGCGCUAGGCAUGCCGCGCCUGCUUACCUCGAAUCAUCAGGUGCAGAGACUGUUGCGAUGAGCGAGGCCGAGUCGGCUUCUAAGACGGCGGAGUUGACGUAG